UCUAUCACUCCAGUAUCCCUGCACAUUGUAAAUAUGGUAUUGAAACUGACCAUGUAUAUAGUUUCUUACUUUCUCGUGUUCUUUUUAUUUCUUGUGUGUUUUUGUUCUACCGUAUGUAAUUUAUUUGUGUUACAUUGCUAUUGAUUACUACAUUGUUGGGUUUGGAGCUUGCAAGAAAGGGAUUUCAUUGUACUUGUGCACGUGACAUAAAAAACUUGAAACUUGCACUGCGGAUACUUGCAAGGGUUACAGAGACCAAUAUACAUCAAAGCACCAGCUCCCCCGCCAAGACCUGCCUGCGCUCUCGGCUCUGCCUUAUAUAUGUUUCUCAGAGUCCCGGGCAGAGUUUAGCAAGCAGGAGCAGGUAUGAGCAAAUAGUUUAAGAUUUGGACAUGUCUUUCCUUACAAGCUAUCCCACAGCUUCAUCACAGUAUGACAGACUACAUUCUCUGUCACCAGAGAAAGGGGUGUGACUACUUUAGGGGUGGGGCAGAGGAGAGGUUAAAAACACAGACAACUGUGUUCUCUCAUGUCUAAACCUGACACAGCAAGACAGCAGACAUUCUUGAACUAAACUGACUGAGGUAGAGAUGGAGUAUUCCACCAAAACUCUUGCUGCUGGCUGCUUUGGGAAGAUAUACAGGGAGAAGUACAAUGACACCUGGGCUGCAAUCAAGAAGGUGCCACAACACUUAAUCAAUCGGAGAGACCUGGAGAGAGAGUGUCAAGUAUACAAUAAGGCAAUUCACCCUAACAUAGUGAAGCUUCUGGGUAAUCCAACACUCAAGGACUCUAAGUGGAUCAUCCCCAUGGAGUUCAUAUUUGGAGAGGAACUGGAGACAACCAUCUUCAAAUCACAAAAAUCUAAAAUACAGUUAACUCCAUCUAUAAAGGCCACCAUCAUCACAGGCAUGUGUGAAGGACUACUUCACCUACACAGCAAAGAUAUCGUCCAUCAGGACCUCAAGCCUGAGAACAUCAUGGUAGAGCAUGACACUCACCGAGCUGUGAUCAUUGAUAUGGGACUGGCCAAAUUCUUCCGCAAUGGCCUAAAUUCUGCCGUGGAUAUGGGCAACGAGGCCUACUCUCCACCUGAGGUCCUGCAGAGGAGGGGCCACCGAGACCAGCGUUCGGACGUGUGGGCUAUGGGUAAAAUCAUCGCUGAACUCUGUGCCAGAGUCAGGCUGCACACCCCCAGCGUCUGUCCGGCUAAGAUCCAUGAGAUCCUCAGUCUCCAAGGCCAGCAGUACUGUAAUGCUGUCUGUAGGAUGGUGCAGAGCGACCCCACAGUGCGAGCCACCAUGGCCGGGAUCAUGCCAGAGAUACGAAGGGCAGGGGGAGGUGGCAACACCGGGGAGCAACAAAGAGGACAUCUUCCGACACCCUUUCCUCACACUGAGGUAAAAGACACAUCGCCACGUCCUCAAGCUCCUGUACAGCGUUCACCCCCUCUAUCAAGAGCUGAGUGCACAGCCUCACCAAGGCCUGAUGUCAAGACGCUAGUGCGAGCUCCUGUGCGAGCGCCUUCUCCAUCAAGAUGGGAGCGUGCAGCCUUGCCAAAGACUGAGGUCAAGACUGAGGUCAAGACAACACUGCAACCACAACCCGUACAGCGUUCACCUUCCCCGUCAAGAUGGGAGCGUGCAGCCUUGCCAAAGACUGAAGUCAAGACUGAGGUCAAGACAACACUGCAACCACAACCCGUACAGCGUUCACCUUCCCCGUCAAGAUGGGAGCGUGCAACCUUGCCAAAGACUGAGGUCAAGACUGAGGUCAAGACGACACUGCAACCACAACCUGUACAGCGGGCAGCCUCUCCAAAGCCUGAAGUCAAGAACUCACCGUCUCCCCAUCCAAAGGUAGACCAGGGUAAUGCACUGGUUCCAUCAGGCAUGGCUCAACCCAGUCAAGAUGUCAUGAAACAGCUUCUCUACAAAGAGGCGUCGAAGGGUCUCCCAUGCCCACUCCCCACAACGGGCAAGGUGCGAAUCCGCCGCUAUGAGCAAAGGAAUGGUGAAGUGGAGACUUGGGAGCAAACAGAGGUGGAGACUGAAGGAGGGAGGAUAGUCAAGUUUGAGGAUGUGAUGUUUAACAACAAGUCGUAAGAAGGUUAUUGAGAGGUUGUGAAAUAGUUGAGAGUUGAUUUGACUCUGCUUCUCCAGAGGGUAGGUCACUCCCCUUCCAUCCUUCAUUGUAAAAGUGUAUGUUUAUGGAGAGGGAGAAGAGUAUAUUUGGGAGGGGGGAUAAACUAAUGGAAGAAUUAUAAUGUCCAGUGAAACUAUACUGGACGUACUGUGCCUAAAAACAAAGUGCCACAAUAUCUAAGUGAGACAAAAGAAAAUGCAAUAAACUAUCAACAACAAAAGUUUUCUUGCACUGGUAAGAAGGAAACCUUGGAGUGAGUUAAGGUUGAGUAAGGAUUUAAGGAUGAUCUUGAAACUACUAUCACUUCUUCUGAUGCUACAUUAUGUUACAGUAUGGUUACAAUGUUGCACAUCUGGUUAGGUGACAGUGUACAGAGCCAGCUGGAGUCAACUAACUAUCUGUGAAUGUUUUUGAAACCUUUUUGUUUUGGGAAUCUCAUCCCUGUUGCAAAUCAGAUGGAGUUAACUGUGGGAGAUCAAAGGCUUUCAUUAUCAACUGAUGAGUUAACUUGCACUUUUUUGUAAUAAUAUUUGGAAGGUCCCCUGAAAAUCCUGUAGGCUUAAAAGUAUUUGAUCCCCUGCUGAUUUUGUACGUUUGCCCACUGACAA